UCCUUGAGCUGCAGUUUUCACCAACGGACGAAGUGGUUCCCAAUCGCCAUUUUAAUCGCACGUUUUCCCUGACAGAAGCGCUAGCACAACAAUGGCUCUGAAAAGAAUUCACAAGGUAUUGAAUGACUUGGCUCGGGACCCUCCAGCCCAGUGUUCUGCAGGACCAGUAGGAGAUGACAUGUUUCACUGGCAAGCCACAAUAAUGGGACCUAAUGACAGUCCUUACCAGAGCGGGGUUUUCUUCUUGACCAUACACUUCCCCACAGACUACCCCUUCAAACCGCCAAAGGUUGCGUUUACCACAAGAAUCUACCACCCAAAUAUCAACAGCAACGGCAGCAUCUGUCUUGACAUUCUGCGAUCACAGUGGUCUCCAGCUCUCACCAUCUCCAAAGUUCUCCUGUCUAUCUGCUCCCUGCUGUGCGACCCGAACCCGGACGACCCCUUAGUACCCGAGAUCGCCCGCAUCUACAAGACUGACAGGGAAAAGUACAACAAAAUAGCCCGGGAAUGGACACAAAAGUAUGCAAUGUAGUGCUGGGGGUAGAAACAUGGCCAACCACCUCUACGACGUAAGGCUAGGGGGAGAUUCAGAUGUAAAGAGAGAGAAAAGAAAAAAACGACAAAAAAACAAACAAAUACAAAAAAAACCAUACUAAACAAAUGAGAAGUUUAAAAACAAGAUCUUGUUGGUUUCCAUUGGAGUGCUUUCUUUGAGCCAUGCCCCUCCUUCACCACAGCACCUGUAAAACUCCCUCUGUUCCCCCCCAUCCCACCCCCUCUCUGUUUGACUGUCUCCCCUCAUCCUGCCUCCAAGCUCAUCUGCCCAUCCUCCAGUGUACAGACUGUCAACUUUAAAAUAGAAAAUGUCUCCUCUUGAUCAUA